UUGCACUAAAUAUCAGUUUUGUUUUAAAUUAUAAGUAAAAAACACAAAAUGGACGAACGAGUCGGAACCUAUCAACGCGCUCGACGGAAAUUCGCAAUGAUUGUUUAUUUAGUUACCGUUCUUUGGCUGCUCAUCGCUUUGGCUCAAUGGCUGGUCGUGAGCCUAAUCUCGGAUGUGAAAAAUGUAUUUACCGAUUAUGAAUGGAUAAGCGUCAUAUGCUUUAUGCUCGGCAUCGCUCUCACUUUGAUCUUCAUAUUUUUCGAGCAGUCGCGAUUUGUGCCCGUCCUCAACUGGGUGUUGACUUUUGUAAUUGUGGAAUUUUCAACCAUUGGAGUGUUUGCCUUGGUGGCACGUUCCAAGUGGGCGGACAUGUUGAUGUGGUAUUUCGUCUGUCUCCUCCUGCUCUUUCUAUUCAUACUUGUGGGUGCCGUUCUACCGCACGAUCUCACGCUGGAUGUCGUCAUCAUAUUUGUCAUAUCCUUUGUGUUCCUCAUCACGUCCAUCUUCAUGUUGAUGUUGUAUGUGGUAACCUUGGCGCCAUAUAGCUUCAUUCUCUAUCAACUGAUCGUUAGCAUUAUAAUACUCUCUUUUGUCAUGUACCACGCUCAAACAAUAACCGGAGGUCGCUUUGCGGAGAUGCGAGUCAAUGAUUAUCUGCUAGCCACGAUCAUACUUUUCUAUGAUUUCAUAAUCAUCUUUCUGCUAACUUUCUAUGUGCAGACCAAGUACAGGAUUGCCUCGGAUGCCUUGGACCCAGGAAAUACCACAACUGAAGAUGGCAGCGAUGGAACAAGCAUCGCAACAACAACUGCAGAAGCGCGGGCUGCAAAAGCACAUGCGGAAAUAAUUUAAAUGCCACCGGAAGCUGAGGUUUCCUUUUAACCAAAAUAGACACUUCUCUAAUCUGUA